UGCAUUGAAGGCAUUUGUAAGCAGGGGUGGACUGACCAUUUGGAAACUCGGGCACUGCCCGAGGGCCCGGGGUCAGUAGGGGGCCCCAUGAGAUGCCCCUGGUACCUUUUUCAUAGUUUUUUUUGAGUUUGGGCAAGGGCACAGGGGCCCCAUGAUCCCCUACUGCCCAGGGGCCCCAUGAGUUGUCAGUCCGCCCCUGUUUUCCGCCCCUGAUAUGGAUACAACACAUGGUUGGAAUCUAAGCAGAGUAUUAGCAUAUCUUUCUUUAUGAGAAGCGACUA